AUGUCGGGCGUGGGGACUCACGUCGGGCGUGAGGACUCUUACGUCGAGCGUGGGGACUACACGUCAGGCGUGGGGACUCACACGUCAGGCGUGGGGACUCACACGUCAGGCGUGGGGACCACGUCAGGCGUGGAAUUCUCGUCGGGCGUGGGGACUCCGUCGGGCGUGAGGACCUCACGUCGAGCGUGGGGACUCACGUCAGGCGUGGGGACUCACACGUCAGGCGUGGGGACUCACAUGUCGGGCGUGGGAGGACUCACAUGUCGGGCGUGGGGACUCCACACGUCGGGCGUGGGGACUCACAUGUCGGGCGUGGGGACUCACAUGUCGGGCGUGAGGACUCCACGUCAGGCGUGGGGCUCAUGUCAGGGUGAGGACUCCGUCGGGCGUGGGGGACUCACGUCGGGCGUGAGGACUCUCACGUCGGGCGUGGGGACUCACACAUCUGGCGUGGGGACUCACACGACGUCGGGGUUGGGGACUCACACGUCGGGCGUGGGGACUCACACGUCAGGCGUGGGGACUCACACGUCAGGCGUGGGGACUCAUAUGUCAGGCGUGGGGACUCACAUGUCGGGCGUGGGGACUCACGUCGGGCGUGGGGACUCACAUGUCGGUCGUGGGGGACUCACAUGUCGGGCGUGGGGACUCACAUGUCGGGCGUGGGGACUCACAUGUCGGGCGUGGGGACUCACGUCGGGCGUGAGGACUCUCACGUCGGGCGUGGGGACUCACACAUCUGGCGUGGGGACUCACACGUCGGGUUAG